UUCACGCCAAGCACAAAAAGAAAUCAUCGCGACAGGUGACAGUAACGAACAACCGAGUGCUCUGAGCCGUGUCGAUUUGUGUGAGCCACAAAUAGAGAUACUGUGUUAUCACACGUGACUUAUUUUAUCGUUGCUCUCUUAUAGUGUUACAUUAACGACAUCAGUAAAGUCGCCGAUAGUGAGCUUCGAAACUCCUAAACUACAAUCAUCCGCAACUAGAAAACUUCAUGAACUCAAGAUCAAGCUCAGGGCCUUCGAGCAUCGGAAACGACGGGAAAAAUUCAAUCGGCAAAGCUUCGAUUGGAGAUUAAAGUCGAGAUCGUUGCUCAGUGAUCGUAUUUAUCAACAAGCUGGAUUCUCUGCGCGUUGCUGAGUCUGUGGUCAAAAGUGUUUGCUCACCGGGAUGAUAACCACGUGGUUUUAGAUGCAACAGGAUCGAGAAAUCCUUCGGAUUAUUUGUAUUCCUCUAAAAUUCAAUCGGAUCGAUCGGUCGACAUAGCGUGACGAUCUCGUGAAGUCGGUUGUAACGCGCAGAGAUUGGAUGUCUCUGCAUCUCUCGUUGGUAGAUUUUAACUGUCGCGGCUGAGCGAAAUUUGACAGUAAUUGCGCAACAUGGCUUUGUUACGUUACUCGUUGGCCUUGUUACUAUCAGCUCUAACGUGCGUUCAGGCGGUCAGCCUUAGAGCGUCAAUGCACGAUUUGAAGGUGCUCCUCAAUCAGCAGAACUCGUUCAACUUAUCAUUGACGGAACCGCCUGACAGCAGAACUGUAACAGUUACGAUAGAUGUGCAGCAUCCUGAUCUACUAGCUACAAACCCUUCGAACUUUUCUAUUACGGAGAGUAAAUUAAGAGUGUGGGUUAUUCUUGUUAAAGGCUUGAAUGCCGGUCACUCGAUUGUCAGCGUUAAUGUAACUCCUAGUGAUAUUAUGGAUUUCUCUGAUGCAUUUGUUAGAGUAACAAUAGAGAAGUCAGAAGCGUUGUAUCAUAUCAGUGCUGUGGUUGGAUGGGUAUAUUUCUUGGCGUGGAGCGUAAGCUUCUAUCCACAAAUCUAUGUCAAUUACAAACGUCAAAGUGUUGUGGGUCUUAAUUUCGAUUACCUGUCACUGAAUGUUGUUGGUUUUAUUAUGUACGCACUGUUUAAUUGCGGCCUCUAUUGGAUACCUGAGAUUGAGAAUGAAUAUUUCAAGCGAUAUCCAAAGGGCUUGAAUCCUGUACAAAUCAAUGAUGUAGUUUUUUCGCUACAUGCAGUAUUUGCUACUGUAUUAACUAUCGGACAAUGCUUUAUUUACGAGAGGGGCAAUCAAAGGAUAUCAAUCACCGCGCGUAUUAUCCACGGGAUAUUUACGGUUUUUAUACUAAUAUCUGUGAUAUUAGCCGCCGUGAAGACGAUCCAGUGGCUAGAUUUCCUCUACUACUGUAGCUACGUCAAGCUCAGCAUAACGCUCAUCAAAUAUGUACCGCAAGCGUUUUACAAUUAUAAGAGGAAGUCCACCGAUGGCUGGAGCAUAGGAAAUGUAUUCUUAGAUUUUACGGGUGGCAUUUUGUCAAUGCUACAGAUGAUACUCAACGCUUACAAUUAUGACGAUUGGGAAAGUAUUUUCGGAGAUCCGACUAAAUUCGGUCUUGGAUUCUUUUCUGUGGCAUUCGAUGCAUUUUUCAUGAUACAGCACUAUGUCCUGUACAGGUAUUCUGAUUCUGUGCUAAUAAUAAAAUAAAGAUAUUAGAAAGAUAUCUUGCUAAAUUUUCAUAUAAAAUUCAUUGGAUAUGAGUUAUUAAUAUUUUUAAUGCAUAAAGUAGAGGUGCUUACAAAUCUUUUUCGUAUUGCACUUUUGGUCGUGUUAAAAAAUAAUCAUGCUUAUUAACUGCAUGAUUUUAUUAAUUAUAUAUUAAUUUUAUUAAUAUAUAUAACAGUUUCGAUGCUUCAGCAUGUUAAUUUAGUUACAUUUCAUUGUAUGUAUAUUAAUAAUAUACGUACAAUGAGAGAAGUACGUUAAACACAUGUUUGUACGAGAAUGGAAUAUCCAUUUAUGAUCGGAUUUCCUUAAUCGCACCUACAUAUGUAUGUUGCCACUUCAUCUUAUCUAUUUAGUGAGCUAUGCAAUUGUAGAUGUGACGUAGAGCAAGACUUUGAUUUUACAGACAUAGCGAUGAGAAGGUGAUUGACCUGAACGGCAGAAUAUAGCGACUCUACGACGAGGACUUAAUUUUCCCUCCCUCAAAAUCCUUCUCCCGAUCCAUAUUUUAUACAGAUGUUUUUAUAUUCACAUAAAUCUCUGCAUGAAUAUUUUCUCAUUUAUCAUUAUUAUGUAUAUAGGAUGUAGGUAGAAUAUAAAGUCUAACAAUAAAAUGCGUACAAAUUUACAAAACGAAUAUAUGCAAGCAUGCGUGAAAUCAAAAGAUAUUAGCAAAUUUUUGUAUAUUCUUCCUUUUAAUAUCGCUAUUUAUUUCUGAAAAAAUUUCAUAGAGAAUAUGUUUAAAAAAAAUUAUACAAGUAGAAGAUUGCGUAUAUCUGCAAUAUAACUAUUUUUUACUUUUAUAAUUUUUGUUAAUUAAUUUUAUUUAUUAAUUUUAUUUAAUUUUAAGCCAAAACACAUAUGAAUUGAUAUUAUAGCUGUGAGCAGAAAGUUGUACGUAUUUUCUCUAAGUAUUAUUUUAAAUGAUUUUUGACUGGAUUAUUUAAAUUAGAAAGUACAAAUUAUUUGUCGUAGGACGUAUAAAAAAAACAAUUCUAAUACGAAUUAAGAUAACAUAAAUUGAGAUAAUAUGAAAACAAAAUUAAGAGGAAAUUGCAGUCUCACGGGAAGUUUGCACAAAUAAAUUAUGUAUUUGAUAACAUUGCCACGUAAAUUAUAGACAAUGAAAAAUCGUAUUUAGUUCAUACUGAAUGUGAAAUAAAAGCUAUAUUGGAGAAGGGAUUAUGGUAAAUAGAUUAUUUGAAAGAUUUUUUAGACGUAGCUAAAUUUUUGUCGAAGAAUCAGAGACCGAUUAUAUGACCGAUUAAUGUUGUUACAAUAAAAAUACUAUUUUAUAGAGUCGGCAUUUAUCUCGACACGAGGUUUCAUUUCCAUUAUUUUCACACGGUUCACCAUUUUACGCAUUGAACUAAAUUCCCAUCCGAGAUAAUUACAGGCGUUUUAAAUAUUAAUAUGAUGAUAUUAAUAUAUCACACGUUAUACUAUAUGCGCAGUAUUUAGUAUGUUAUUUCAUUUGGUUGCCGCAGGAUAAAUGUGUAAGAGUUAUGGUCGAUCAUUCGCAUGAAGCAUGCCCCGCGUUUAUUAUUAUUAAUAUUAUUAUUAUUAUACUUAUUAUUAUUAUUAUUAUUAUUAUUAUUGUUAUACCGAUCAUCAUAUGCAUCAGAAUUAAAUUGUCAUAAGUUUCGCAAAUUGCAUGAUAAUACCUGCGGAGGUAUAACUUGGGGGAAUCGUCCGAAUAAAUUUGGGUGCUAAA